AUGGUUAUGCAGGAUAAGCGAAGCAGGAUCGACGCCCGCUGGCAGACGCUGCAGCCGGGUUGGGGAAAGGACCACUCCUCGGAGCUCCGGCCGCUGUAUGAGGUACUGCAAGAUGACGAGGAGAUCGAGGCGCUGGUUUCCUGCACUUGGGGCCCUGGCUCCGUGUUCCGGGAAGGAGCAAGCCGCAUGGACCGAAUGCGGCGGAACAAGGGAGUAGCCCUCGUAACGAGGGAACGGGUGGUGAUGCUGAAGGGGGCAUCCUUUGGACCACAUUUGGUCACUGAGAUGCCCUUGGAAACCAUAACCUCAGUGGAUUACGACGGUGCUGGGGACGGUUUGACCAUCGUAGGCUUGAGCCUGAGCAAUUGGUUGGGCAACGACGACGCCCGGGGCAUCAACAAGAUCACGGAGGUCCGCGACGGCCAGGCUCGUCGGUUCGCCGAAAAGGUGCAGGACACGAAGGCCAACCCUCCGCCACUCCUGGGGUCCAAUUUCGAGGAACCAUCCGCCUCAACGAACGCGGCACCAGAUUUCGGUCGGACGCCGGCAGUCCAAUACGCCGCAAUGGACAAAACGGAGCGAAUCGACGCCCAGUGGCGGGAACGGUCGACCAUGUGGGGCCGAAACGAGCCCAACCCGCUGGAGCGCAUCGUAGCCGUGCUGAUGAGCAACCUUUCCGGCGAGAAGACUGACGUCUAUCCCGGCGAGCGCCGGAUGCUCCACGAGAUACUGGAGGAUGAUGAGAGCAUCGAGUAUUGGAUGGGGGGCCGAUGGGGCCCAGCCGAUGAAUUCGAUACCAUCGCGCAGGCCGUGACCAGAGCGGCCGUGAGCACUGCCUUAGGUGCGGCCCUGGGCCAACCGGUGGGCGGGGCUCAGCGUUUCGCGCCUGAAGUUCACAACGGCGUCGUGGUGGCCACCGACCGGAGGGUCGUCAUGUUGAACUCCGGAAUGGUCACCCAGACCAUAGUGGAAAUACCAUACGAGGGUCUUCAGGUCGCGUACAACGAGGGACUCAUCACUUCAGGCAUCAAGUUCUGGGGAAGCACUGACGAAGAGUACGCCUACUAUUUUGACCACAACGGUAAAGCCAAGCUGAGGCCCCGCGCCCGGCCCCUCUUCAACGCCGUCAGGACACGCGCCAGCGACGCGUAG